AUGGAAAAUAAGCUGCGACUUGAUGGCCAAAUCAACAAAGACAGUCGAAUCGCUCGGCGCGAUGCAAAGAACAAGGCCAUGCAAAACAACUCGAUGAAUAACUCGACCCUGAAUACAUCGAAGGGAGGCCUCAACCACUCGAAGAAAUCAUCUGAGAAGAAUCGCAGCAGAAGCGCUUCAAAGUCACCUUCACGUGGCACCGGCGGCGAUAGAUUUAUGCCGAAGUUGGGGGCAGAUGCGGACUACUCGGCUCUCAUGAGCGAGAUGACUUUGAGCAAUCAGACGCCGAUUGACAAGGAGGAGAAGGACUUGUUGGCCACUAUUGGAAGUGUUGCGGCCAACAACACUCAGCGAGGAAUUCUCUCGUACGGAAACAAGCCGAAAAUGAUGCCCGGCUCCGCUUACGGAAGCAAACUCGUCUUUUCUGCGCAAAAGAGCACCAAAGCAAAAACAUCGAUACGAUACGUCGAGACUUCCGUCGACAAGAUCCUCGAUGCCCCAAAUGUCGAGAAGGAUUUCAACAUCAACAUACUCGAUUGGGGAGAGAAUAAUAUCAUUGCGGUUGCUCUGGCGAAUCAGAUCUUUAUGUGGAACGCGGAAACGAGCGAGAUCAAUGAGUUGUGUUCACUAGAAGAGAACACAAAGGUGACGUCUAUCAAGUGGAUCGACGAGUGCAACAUUUCGUUUGGAGAUAGUCGCAACAGAACUCAUGUUUGGGAUGCGACAGAGAUGCAGAGUCUUCGAAAAAUGAGAGGCCACGCUGCUCGAGUAUCGUCCAUCGCUGUUGGACAGGGCGAUGUUCCCUGGCUCCUUACUUGCGGAUCCAAAUCAGGAGAGAUUCAUAAUUACGAUGUGCGAAAGCCCAAUCCAUUUUUAUCCAAAUUCAAUGUCCACACUGAAGAAGUUUCCGGAUUGAGCUGGUCUCCUGAUGGACGUCUUCUCGCGUCUGGUGGCAUCGACAAUGUCAUAGGAUUGUGGAGCAACGACAUCGGCAGCUCAUUCAACGAACCGAUGCAUAAACUUGAGGAGCACCAAGCUGGAGUCAAAGCUGUUCAGUGGUGUCCAUGGAAACCACAAUUGCUCGCAUCCGGAGGAGGCGCUGCUUGCAAGAAAAUGAUAAUCUGGAACGGCAACACCGGCCAGAAAGUGCUCGAUGUCGAUACUGAGUGCCAGGUGAGCGGAAUCCACUGGAAUGAGCGGCUGCGAGAGAUCAUCACUUGUCACGGAUAUCCGAAUAAUGUCCUUCGCCUCUGGAAGUACCCAAAAUUUACGCACAUGACGGAUUUCGAUGGACACGAUGGUCGAAUUCUCUGUUCGAGUCAGUCACCCUGCGGAAAGUACGUCUGCACACUUGGCGAAGAUGAAACUCUUCGGCUGUGGAAGGCGUUUUUCUCCGAAGAAACAGAAACAAAGGCAAAGCGAACUGGUGGAUCUCGAACCCAAACUGCCACUGCGCUAUCUAUGCGCUUUUAA